CCUCCCCACCCCGGGCUUCCCACCACAGGUACCUGUCCCCGAACCCUCCGCGCCCACCUGCUGAUGUGCCCGGCCCGCGCCUGCCAUGCCGCCCGCCAUCUCGGCCUUCCAGGCCGCCUACAUUGGCAUCGAGGUGCUCAUCGCCCUGGUCUCUGUGCCCGGGAACGUGCUGGUGAUCUGGGCAGUGAAGGUGAACCAGGCGCUGCGGGAUGCCACCUUCUGCUUCAUCGUGUCGCUGGCGGUGGCUGACGUGGCGGUGGGCGCCCUGGUCAUCCCGCUGGCCAUCCUCAUCAAUAUCGGGCCAAGGACCUACUUCCACACCUGCCUCAUGGUCGCCUGCCCUGUCCUCAUCCUCACCCAGAGCUCCAUCCUGGCCCUGCUGGCGAUUGCCGUGGACCGCUACCUCCGCGUCAAGAUCCCACUCCGGUACAAGACGGUGGUGACUCCGCGGAGGGCGGCGGUGGCCAUCGCCGGCUGCUGGAUCCUGUCCUUCGUGGUGGGCCUGACCCCGCUGUUCGGCUGGAACAGGCUGGGGGAGGCGCAGCGGGCCUGGGCGGCCAACGGCAGCGGCGGCGAGCCCGUGAUCAAAUGCGAGUUCGAGAAGGUCAUCAGCAUGGAGUACAUGGUCUACUUCAACUUCUUCGUGUGGGUGCUGCCCCCGCUGCUGCUCAUGGUCCUCAUCUACCUGGAGGUCUUCUAUCUGAUCCGGAGGCAGCUCGGCAAGAAGGUGUCGGCCUCCUCUGGCGACCCGCAGAAGUACUACGGGAAGGAGCUGAAGAUCGCCAAGUCGCUGGCCCUCAUCCUCUUCCUCUUCGCCCUCAGCUGGCUGCCCUUGCACAUCCUCAACUGCAUCACCCUCUUCUGCCCCUCCUGCCGGAAGCCCAGCAUCCUCAUGUACAUCGCCAUCUUCCUCACGCACGGCAACUCGGCCAUGAACCCCAUCGUCUACGCCUUCCGCAUCCAGAAGUUCCGGGUCACCUUCCUUAAGAUCUGGAAUGACCACUUCCGCUGCCAGCCCACGCCCCCCGUCGACGAGGACCCCCCAGAGGAGGCGCCCCACGACUAGACGCCACCUUCUCCCGCCUGCCCACGUCGGGGGCGUCUCCGCCCCGGCCCACCCCCCCACUGACCCACUCCUGAGCCCUCCCGGCUGGGCUGCGGGGUGUGGGCGCCUGCACCUUGGGUCCUAGAGGAGGUUUGGGAGGACGGCCCACGGCGAAGGAACCGGGUGCCCUGAGGAGACGGAGAAAGUGGCUCGAGCCUCCCCAGCUGUGUGACCGGCCCACGGGCAGCCCGGUGCUUCAGGCCAGACGGACCUGGGGACACUGGGGCUGCGGGGGUCCCGUGGGCCCGGAAGGCAAGCUUGGGCUCCCGUGGAGGUCAGGGAGCCCGCUUGUCGCUGGUGCUGCUGCUGAAGCCCUGGAACAGAGCCCGAGGACGGGGGAGGUCCCCUCCGAGAUGCAGGGGAUGGAGAGAAGCUGGACAUCAAGGUCUUGCUUCCUCUCCUGUUCUGUAGAAGGUGGGAGAGCCCCUGGGCAGGAAUCAGGGGUCCUCAGCCCCUGCCUCCCGGGACCCUGAGCUCCUAGCCACGCUGGGUGCCGGGGGCCUGCCCCUCUUGCCCCAGGGCAACCGGGUUUGCACUUGGGAUGGGCGGGAAGAGCGGGUCCAGAAAUCAUUCCCAACCUUUACUUGAUCCUCCACCAGCCCCUGGCCCCUGUCGAAGGGCCUGCCACACACAGCCACCAGGUGGCAGCCCCGCGCCGGCUCAGCCGAGCCCCCCAGGAGCGGGAGCAGCGGGGCUGUGAGGGGCCACCUGGGCUACCGCCCCAUUAGCCCUAGAGGAUGCCUGCACUCUCCUAAGUGACACUGGCUGCUGCUUCUGGGCCGGGGACAGGGGGGCGCAGCCUCCGGCCUUGCGAGCGCUGCCCGUGGGCGCUCCCGGUGUGACUUGGCACAGGCUGCACCGCCUGAGGCUGAGGCAGGAAGGUCUUGCUGGCAUUUAAAUACCCUCAGGACCCCUGGCACUUAGCAGUUUCCAGGGCCUUUGGGGCUCUGCACGGUCUAGAUGGGCUUUAGCGCAUCCAGGGAAGGGUCCGCCCUCUGCCAAGCUCAGGGCCCGGGGCCCUUGUCCAGGGGGUGGGGGCGGGGUUCGGAGUGUGAACAGCAGCUCUAGGCCUGGAUUCCAGACCCUUCCCUUUCUCAGAGGUAGGCUCUUCCCUGGCUCCCAGGGGGGCCACCUUCUAAUAAAAGACUGUGGGUCUUGA